UUUCUGGUCGCUGAGAAUCACAAACUCAGUGUAAAUUUUUUUAAUAAAUUUGAAACUAAAAUUGCUUUGCGAAACAUUGAAAAUAGGAAAUAAAUUUGCAUUGAUUAGCGCCCUGUGAUAUUAUUUUAUCGUUUCAUAUUCGUGAUUAGUUUUGGAAGUUUUUUUUACAAGGUAAGGUGAAACUGUCUUAUCCUCAGGUCAACCCUCGGGUUUGUUACUCAUCAGAAAUUGUUUUCUAAUCGCUACGUAUCGUAUAAAUUACGGAUUAAAAAGUGCUGUCGAUAGCUUAGAUUAUUAGGAUCAGAAAGUCUCCGAUUGGAACGGAAAGGUUCCGCCGAGGAAUCAGGGACAACAAGUAUGGAUCAGCAACGAUUUCGGACUGGCGAAAGGAUAAAUAACAUCUCGACCAACACCUUUCAAAUCUGGGAAACUACAGUACGCUUGGCUAGAAUCCGUACUCUUAUGGAUCAUCUUUGUGCGGCUAACGACGAGAAUGAUGAGCUAAUUUACUGCCUUCGAGAGCCAAACGAACCCAUCGAGGAGAGUUCUGAGGACACAAAUACUGAAAAUGAUCCUGACGAAGAGGACACCUCGAUAAAAUCCAUCAUCAAAGAGAUCCGCUCGCGGCCGCACACUCGGGGUGCUGUUAAGAUGAUUUUUUACAACCGACUCGCAAUGAUUUCCGAUAAACUGACCCAGGACAUAAAGUUCCGCUCGGAGAAUGCCGAAUUCUUCGACGACCUGGAGCUGGUGCUCAGCCGUAUGAGUGACGAGGCAGCCGAAAUAACCAAGCGGGAAAUUAUGAAAUACCUAGCAGAGGCCAAGGAAAGAUUAGCACGGAAGGACCGCGAACGUCAACAGCAGCAGCAGCAACAACAACAGCAGCAUGACAUGUCUAGUUCUUCUAGCUUAGCAGGUUCUAGCAGUUCAACUUUUUAAGAAUAACAGGACAAAAGGAAGGCUGGAUGGGGAGUUCAUUGGGACAUCGUCCUUCUUUUAAGAAAAAAAAAAAUGAAUACACGACCGAAGAAAACCAAUCCUCCGGUGCAAUACUAUUUCCGGACUCGACGAACAAGUUGGGAAUAUGACGGUGACUUUUCAUGUGAAAAAAGUAACCGAAACAAAAAAAAAAUACUAUUAAUUAGAAUAUGAUCAUUCAUUUUGCUCCCAUGCUGUCAUGUUUUCUUUCUGUAAAACCUUAACGAAAACUAUCGGUUUUCAACUAUUUUAUUAGUGAUUAUAUUUUUUCUAUAAAAAAUUGUUUAUUUAUGAUCGUUUGCUGAAUAAUU